CAAUACAUCUCUCGUCAACUAUAAUAUUUAAAAUUAAUGUAACUUCGCUAUAUAGUAUAUUUUAUCUUAAUGAGAUGAUUUAUAAUAACAUUAUUAUGUCUAAGACUUGUUUAGAUCAUAUGUUUUAAAAGUGUUUAUUUCUUUCAUAAAUCAUGUGCUCAAUCAAAGGUGCCGGUGUGCCACAUAAUAAUGAUUUUAUACGUUUAUCUCUUCUACUUCCUUUCUGUAGCUCUUAUAUAAGCAUGUUUUCCAACCAACACAUUGCAAACUGAGUAUUGUAGCUGCUUAAGUUAGAACAAACAACAACUUGCAAUUCUUUUACUUGGUAAAUAUAUGAUAUGCAUCUUAAUAGCUGUUAGAGCCAAUUCUACGUCGUCGUGCAGAGAACUUUGAUUGUAACUACAGAGCUACAUCCGCUGAGCUCUUUUCCAAAGUACAUCCAUUUUCUAGGCCUAUACAUUCUCCGGCUCACUUAACUGGCACUAUAUUAGUCAAGCUUAAUGAUGUCCAAUUCGUACUGUUUUGCUCCGGUCAGUAGCAAAGCUAAUGCUUUCAAUUCAGUUCAGCACCAACUUGAUACUGGAGAUUCAAGCGCGUCGUUAACCAUGAAUCUUGAGGAAUUUGGAGGUGCAUUUGAUCCAAUAGACAUCCUUUCUAGUUGGAAAAUCUCCCAGCGCCAACAAGCUGCGACAAAAUUGGCUGCGGACUCUGUUGCUGCUAAAUCAGGAUCAGGUCCAAUCAAGAAUUGUGCUAAAAUGAGUUCUUCCUAUAAUUUUCCUCCACAGAACAACUAUUAUUUGCCCAAUUACUUGGGUAAUGAUCAAUUGGGAGCUUGUGGGGUAAUGGCUGAUUUUGGUUCAAAUGGCCUAAUCUCAAAGAGCAGAUCCCCUGAUUGUUUGCUCUCUACAACCAAUACAAGCAACACCGACACAUCCGUAGAAGAUGAUGGAAUUUCCAUGAUUUUCACUGAUGAUUCCAAAAGUUUGUGGGAUGUCAACACUGACAAUGCAGUUUCAUCCGGAGAAUCUGCAAUCGAUGCCAAUGAUUGCAACAAUAUUCAUUGCCCUGUUAAUGAUUUUGAUGAGACUAUCUCGCGUACUUCUUCAUAUCAUCCACAUAACAAUCCGAUAAGAUGUUCGGAAGCAAGGCGUUACAUGGCCAAGAGAAGCCAUGAUCAAGCUCUGCUCGAAUCUGCAGAUUCCUCCACGAAAGACUCCAACCUUAUUUCGGAAAAUGAUCAACCCAAGUCCAAGAAAUCCAGAUCAGAAUAUAAGCUUCCAAGCUCAUCAAACAUCAAUUUCCAACUAGUUGGCUCAUCGGCAUAUUCAGUAGAUGAGCCUGAUUCAGAAGCAACUGCGCAAAUGAAGGAGAUGAUUUAUCGCGCUGCAGCAUUCAGACCACUGACUACUGUUGACAUGGAAGUGAUCAUGGAGAAGAAGCCAAAGAGGAAGAAUGUAAGAAUAUCAACAGAUCCACAGACAGCUGCAGCGAGACGAAGGAGGGAAAGGAUAAGUGAAAGAAUAAGGUUAUUGCAGAAGCUGGUACCAGGAGGAACUAAGAUGGACACUGCAUCCAUACUUGAUGAGGCUGCUAACUAUCUCAAGUUCUUGAGGACACAAGUCAAAGCUUUGGAAGACUUUGGCUAUAAAAUAGAUCCAAUUAAUAUUAGUACUAAUAACUUUAGUUCUUUAUCUUCAAUACCUUUCAACUACCCAUUUCCCAUGCAACCCCAGUUUCCUCAACUAAACCAACCCAAUCCAUGACCCCAAGUGUUUGACAUGUAAGGUUCCGGAAAGAGUUUAAUUUAUAUACACUGUCAAUAUAAUGCUUGUUUUUUGGCCCUUGGCAGUAAGUUGGAAAGAAGGAGGAGAGGCGUGGGGGGGGGGACGAGUUAGUUUUGAUUGGAUAGAAAGGUUACUGAUUUUUUGGCUAAAAAUAGGAAAUUCUGUUGAGAAAGAAGCCCAGAGGCCAGAUCUGUGAUCUUGGCUUAUAGCUUUGCCAACUUGGUCUUUUUUUUUUUUCAAGUGGACGGAGUUGAAAGUGAUUUGAGUGUGUGUAAACAAUCAACAAAUACAUCCAAGCUCAUUGCUGGUAGGGCUAUGAUCUCAUGAGAUGGAAAUAAAGGUAUUGACUUUGGUUAGUCCGAAAAAAGAAAGAUUAUCUUGAUUGUCUUAGCUGACUUUUUCACUAAUAAAGAUUGUUUAGUGUCAGA